AUGUUUAAUUUAUCUAAUAUUCAAAAAGAAAUUUAUCCAUAUAACUAUUUCAAUAAGAUUAAUAUUGAAAAUAAUAUUGGUACUAAAUUAGAAGCCGAUAAAAAUGAAAUAAAACCAUGGACUGAAGAACAAUUUGAACUAUUUAAUGAAAAUAUUGAUAAAAUUGAGAAUUGUAGAAUUGAUGAAUUUCAUUUAGAUAUGAAAGCUUAUUAUGUUUUCUACUGUAAUCAAGACGUUAGAAUCUUAAAACAAGAUAAUUUAAAAGAAUAUGGUGGUAAAGUUAGAGAAUUUAUUCAAGGAGCUAUUUAUGGAGGAAGAUGUAUGACUAGAGAUAAUAAAAAGUGGCAUAUAACAUAA